AUGAAAAUGUCAGAAGGGCCGUCACGGAAUGAAUCAUUAUUUUCAGCGUCUUCGAUGCAGUCAGCACUCAGUUCGGAUGCGGGCACUACAGUGACAACGGGGACCGUCUCUUCGCCCCCAACCUUUUCAUUUUCGCUUCCGACAACUUUGGAACGUACACGGACACAGUUUGGAGUGAUUUCCAAACGGAAGUCCACAACAGAUACGGCUGCUGGGACUGUGCUGGCACGCCUUCUUUCCUCUUCAUUUCGAGGACAGACGCCGCAGCCCCGACCAACCUCGGCACAACGGUCAAACUCUCGACCACUGAGUUGGACAUUGAUGCGACUGACGACACGUCGACUCAGGCAAACAUCAACAAGUUCAACAGCAUUGUCAACUCGAUCUGCGUGGCUUCUCUUCCACGUAAGCCCCUCUUAUCAACGAUCCCUUCUUAUUUUAUCAUUUCAGAAUGCGCAUCAUACACCUGUUCGUCUUGA